AUGUGCCGUUUUUCCGACAUGGAUUCCGAGGUGAAGUCCCAACUAAUUACAGGCUGCCUGUCGGAAAAAGUCCGCCAGAAGGGACUCAUGAACUCGGAUAUGUCACUACAUGACUUAAUAAACUACGCAAGGACAACGGAGACGAUAGCGUCGCACCUACAAACAAUGCGACUGGAAGACAACAACACCGCUACUGCUACAACCGCCCCAAUAAACAAAGUCGCGGACGAACAGCGCCGACCAAGCAACUAUCCCCGGCAAUACCGGUGCAGGAAUUGCAACGGAAAAUACCCUCAUGAGCGGGGACCGACGUCUUGCCCGGCAUGUCAUAACCAGUGCACAUUUUGCGGAAGGUGGGGACACUUCACCUCUGCCUGUUUCAGAAGAUUAAACGACGGAAACAGACAACGGGAAACAAAUCGUCCCCCACGAACACAGACCAAUCGACGCUCAGUGAACCGCAUUGAAAACGACCAACGGAACCCACGUAGCAGCGGUAGUGACAUAGAAUACGUGUUCCACACAGGUAAGACGAAAAACCUUCCUUGUUUUAACGUGUCUUUUGGCUAUAGCCACCAGACGUUCAACGCACUAGCCGACUCAGGCGCCACCAUUAACGUCCUGUCUGAGGCAGAUUUCAAACGUUUGAGACCAGCACCCCACCUCCGACCCACAAAAACGGUAAUAUCUGGGUUUGGUGUAAAGGAAACCACCCCAGCCCUAGGCUGGUUCAACAUACGCCUAGAAUUCAUGGGCACCGUUUGCCAGGCCGACAUACAUGUGAUAAAGAGCCCAGAAAAGCCCAUCAUCGGCUGGGAGACAUGCAAAAGGCUAGGACUGCUAUCCACACACACAAACUCUCCAUCAACCAUAUCAGUGACUCUGACACAUAAAUCCCUCCCUCCACCCUUAAACUUCUGGACGACCAUGCAAACCUCUUCAAUGGCCUAG